AUGGUUGUCUUAGUUGUGUUUCUUGUGUUUUUGUUGAUUGAGCCAGGAAUUUCACAGUCAAACGACCAUGAUAACAACACUAACAUUCAUCUUCAAUCGUUCUGUGGUAAUAUCGCUCCACUACGUCCUACAAAUUUCAUCAAGAAUCGUAACUCUACCUUUGCUGAACUCAGAAAGCAAUUAAUGAAUGAAGGAGUACUUUCUGCAAGAGCACAGGAUUUAAGUGCUGGGGACACCGUCUAUGCAGCAGCUCAGUGCAGGAACUACCUAUCCAAAGAUCAGUGCGUGGCUUGUUUUGAUGCUGGCGUUUCUGUACUGGUGAAAUGCACAGCUGGCAAUGGUGCUUACACACUCUUCGAUAACUGCUUUAUCAGGUACGAAGACUUUGCUGAAUUCUAUAACAACCCAAAUGUGCACCAGGAUGGGAUUGGCGCACCAUCUUCAUCAUGUGGUAAUCAGCCAGCAUCACAGCCAAUUACAACUUUUCAAGGAGUUGUGGAUGGCUUGUUAACAGAUAUUAGAGAUGCUACUCCAAAAACAUCUAAUUUCUAUGUAGCAUUGACAAGGGAAAUCGCAAUUGAUAAUAAUGCAACCGUGUAUGCGAUUGGACAUUGUGUUGGAAAUAAAACCGCAUGUCAACUUUGCAUGAAUGCUGCAUAUAACCAAUUAAAUAAUUGUCUUCCAAGAAUAGAAGGAUGGUUUUUCGACAUGCCAUGUUUUGCAAGGUAUUCAACGACUCCAUUUUUCAAUAACAACCAGACAACAGAUAUCUCAAGUGUCUUAAAAGGGCAUUCAAGUGAGGUACCCAUAAUUGUUGGAACAGUUGCUGGCAUAGCUUUGUUUUUCACUAUCAUUGUCAUGUGGUUAGUGUAUCGAAAACGGAAGAAAGCUAAAGAGAUUGAGCAAGAGGAUUUGAAGGGUGCAGUACAUUACAAUUAUAAAGAUCUGCAGCUGGCUACCAAUAAUUUUGGGGAAGAGAAUAUUCUAGGAAGAGGAGGUUUUGGUGAAGUAUUCAAGGCAACCCUUGAUGAUAACAAUAUUGUGGCAGUAAAGAAACUUCAUGUACAACAUGCUAGAGUAAAAGAAGAAUUUGAGAAUGAAGUUAAGCUUAUAAGUGACGUUCAUCAUCGAAAUCUUCUACGUCUCCAUGGAUGGUCCAGUGAAGGAUCUGAUCUACUUCUAGUCCUGGAAUAUAUGCCAAAUGGAAGCCUUGAUCGAUUCUUAUGGGGUUCUGAAAGGGGAACUCUGGACUGGAACCAACGAUAUGAAAUAAUAUUUGGGAUAGCCAGGGGUCUUGCUUAUCUACACAACGAAUUUCAUGUUAAAAUCAUUCACAGAGAUAUCAAAUCGAACAACAUUCUUCUUACAGAUGAUUUUAAACCAAAGAUAGCAGAUUUUGGUCUGGCAAGGUUUCUACCUGAGGAUGAAACUCAUGUUAGCACCAAGUUUGCUGGGACAUUGGGUUACACAGCGCCAGAAUAUGCACUUCAAGGUGUUUUAUCGGAUAAAGUUGACACUUACAGCUUUGGAGUCGUGAGUCUUGAAAUUAUUAGUGGGCGAAGGAGUACUGAAGUGAAAUCUGACAAAUCAUCCUCCGACUACCUACUGGAAGAUGCAUGGAAGUCAUAUGAGAAGAAAAUACAUAUGAAAUUCAUUGAUGUCACAUUGGACUUGAACCAACACCAGCAAGAACAUGUGAUGAAGAUCAUUGAGAUUGCUUUGUUGUGCACCCAAUCACCAGCUUCGAAAAGGCCAACCAUGUCGGAGGUCGUUUUAAUGCUUCAGGAUGGCCAAUCGUUGGGGAAAAGAGAGCUAACCAGACCUACUUAUGUGCACAAUCAUGAAAGGAGGAUUCACAUUGGUUCUUUAAAGAAUUCCAUUGCUGCUGAUAAUGUUUGCAAAAACCCAAAGGAAAUAUUAGAGGCAAAUGAGAAGCUACGUAGUGAAAGAGGAAUGAAAAAGGUUGAUGAUGUAGUGUGCUCAAGGAGAAAGGAGAAAGAGAACACGACUUUGUUUGAAGAUCUACGGGUCGACAUGAAUGUGGUAAGCUUUGAAUUUGAUGCCUAGUCAAUGUUUGGAGUGGAAAAAAUACAUAUAUGAAGGUUGAUAUUGAAGAUGUUCGUGAAGAUUGGAUCUUUUUUGUCACAAACUUUAUUUUCUAG